AUGUGGUUCCUCAUUCUCUUUGCCUCAUUGGCAUCUCUGCUUAGCACUGCCGACGCCGACUCGUUCACCGACUUCUCCCGCAGCUGCACCGGCAUCGACCUGUUCCACAACUUCUUCCUCAGCGCCACCUGCUGCCACCCCGACGACAAUGGCGCCGAUGCCCAAUCCGAGAAUGAGCUUGACCUGACCAUGUGCAUCGGCCUGGAUCAAAGGAGCGGCCAGAUGCAGUGGGAGGUGUACGGCAAGUUCUCCAACUACUGCACCAACUGCACCCUCGGCACGGUGGCGGACGGUACGGAGCACCAGCUUACCUGCGCCUGCCAGCCGCUGGUGGGCAGCCGGGCCUUCAAGCAGUCGACGAUCAACCUGGAUGAGGGCAUCGCCAACGAGUGGGGCACGCUCCGGUGCGCGGGCGGCAUGGCGACGCCGCCUCAUGGCUGGAAGGGUAACCAGGCUUGA